ACACAACAACACAUUGCAUAAAGGCUUUCUGUCCUGUUUCUUUUGUGUUUUUGUCCCAGAGAAGGGAUCCAAUUUCCUUUUGUAACUCGUAUAAAUAUGGCAACCCCACAGCUUCAAAAACCCAAAACACCGAACUCACUAAAAUGAUCUCCGUUUCAGCGGUCAUGGUUUUGAUGCUGGCACUAACAGCUGAGGCCACAGUUGGAGACUCCUCUCAGUUAGAUUUCUGCUCAGAGACGAACGAGUGCUUCCUGUUUGAUCUGAUCUGCAAGACGGAUGACUAUGAGGUCCGCCACUACAAAUCUGUGAAAUGGGUAUCAACCAAUGAGACAUCCUUCCUAAUGGAAUUUGCAGCAAUGAAAACCUUCAGACGACUGUACAACUACAUCCAGGGUGCAAAUGAAAAGGGAAAGAAAAUUGAAAUGACAGCUCCUGUUGUUAUGAGAAUCCCUGAUAAGGGUUUCCUUCAAACUGGCGAGUACAGAAUGAGUUUUUUGCUACCCGCUGAAUAUCAGGCAGAUCCACCCAAACCUAUUGAUAAUGAAGAUAAGGUGUACAUCUACGAAACAAAAGAUAUGAACGUGUACGUGAGGAGCUAUGGUGGAUGGCUGACAACCAUCUCAGAUGGCAGUGCUGCAAAGAGUCUCUCCUCUGCCCUGGACUCAGCUGGUGCAAAAUACAAAAAAGGUGGUCACGAUGCUGCUGGUUACAACAGUCCAAUGACACUCUUCCAAAGACACAAUGAGGUGUGGUUUGAAGCUGAUGGAGAGCUACCUUGUACUGGACUUGACUGAACUCAGACGUUGACAACUGCUGUCACUGCUGACACACGUGAAGUUUCCGGCGAAAAUCAUUUCACAAUGACUGCAUCGCCUAUUUCUUUACUACGUCCGUUUAGGAUAUUGUCUUGUCCGGAACUGAAUAAAAAGAUUCCAACUUCCAUUGCAGCACACAGUGUCCAUUUUAUUUGCAUGAAAUUGUGUUUUACAAUGAACUCUGGAUGACCUCUGUUAAGACAACAGCUGAGCUGGACUCAUCUGGAACGUUUAUCAUUGUUCAACGUUUUCUUUUGAUUUAUCUGCUGUCUGUGGAGGACGAAGGCAAAACCUCAGAAAAAAUAAAUACUGCAUAACCGGACCCGAUUCCCAGAAUGUGUUCA